ACCCCUCGGCUCCACCCCAACCCGCCAUGGCGUCAGGCGCCGCGGCUCCGGGGAGGUGGGUCCCACUUUAAGAAGUGAAGUUUGUCGCCCCCUCCCCCUCCCCGGCCACCUCCUGCGGCCUCCCGCGCCCCGCCGGCGGGGCGGAUGGAGCUGCGCUGCGGCGGAGUGGGGAGCCAGGCGGUGGGGCGCAGAAUGGAUGGGGACGGCCGAGAUGGCGGCGGCUGCAAGGACGCGGGGUCGGAGGACUACGAGAACCUGCCGACCAGCGUCUCCUUAUCCACCCACAUGACAGCCGGGGCGAUGGCCGGGAUCCUGGAGCACUCGGUCAUGUACCCGAUCGACUCGGUGAAGACACGAAUGCAGAGUUUGCAUCCGGAUCCCAAAGCCCAGUACACAAGCAUCUACGGAGCCCUCAAGAAGAUCAUGCGGACUGAAGGCUUCUGGAGACCCUUACGGGGCCUCAACGUGAUGAUGAUGGGUGCGGGGCCGGCCCACGCCAUGUAUUUUGCCUGCUAUGAAAACAUGAAAAGGACUUUAAAUGCUGUUUUCCACCACCAAGGAAACAGCCACCUAGCCAACGGAAUAGCUGGGAGUAUGGCCACCCUGCUCCAUGAUGCGGUAAUGAAUCCAGCAGAAGUUGUGAAACAGCGCCUACAGAUGUACAACUCACCUCACCGCUCGGCCCUCAGCUGCAUCUGGACAGUUUGGAGGACUGAGGGCUUAAAGGCCUUCUACCGGAGCUAUACCACACAGCUGACCAUGAACAUUCCCUUCCAGUCCAUCCACUUCAUCACCUAUGAGUUCCUGCAGGAACAGGUGAACCCUCACCGGGGCUACAACCCCCAGUCCCACAUCAUCUCAGGAGGACUAGCUGGGGCACUAGCUGCAGCUGCCACCACCCCCCUGGACGUGUGCAAGACACUUCUCAAUACCCAGGAGAACAUGGCCCUCAGUCUGGCCAAUAUCAGCGGCCGGCUGUCUGGCAUGGUCAACGCCUUCCGGACCGUGUACCAGCUCAACGGACUGCCCGGCUACUUCAAGGGCAUCCAGGCUCGAGUUAUCUACCAGAUGCCCUCCACUGCCAUCUCCUGGUCUGUCUAUGAGUUCUUCAAGUACUUCCUCACCAAGCGAGAACUGGAGAGUCGAACUCCAUACUAACGGAACAGGCUGUGGGAAGGGGUUCCAAAAUCUUGUCUUUUCAGGAGGCUUUCCCCUACCUGCUCCUUCCCCUCACCCUCAUGCCAAAAUUACAGGGUGUUUUCAGGGCGGGCCCUCUGCUCUCUGACACCUUAGGGAGAGAGGAGAAUGGGAUGGGUCAGGGUCAGCCAUUUCCAGGGGGCCGUCAUGGGACCAGCCCAGGUGGUAGUAGGUGGGCAAAGACUUUGGAAGGGGAGCGAGAAAUUGCUUUUUCUCCUCUUCUCCUGAGAGAGUACAAAUGUAGCUUUUCAGCUUCACUGUGACAGUCUCCUCCCCAGAACCAUAGAUCACACAGGAGGAAGGAAAAUGUGCAGUGACUGAAGACAUUAAAGAAAAAACAAUGCCUGUAAAAGUCCCAGUACAAUGCAUAAAAGAAAUGGAUAAUGUUUAUCUUUUAUUUUUCUACAUAGAAGUUUUUGGAUGUGUGUGUAUGUGUGUGUGUGUGUGCCAGUGUUAUAGUUGGGAAUAUGAAAUUUCUUUUCCUUUCUUUCUUUCUUUCUUUCUUUCUUUCUUUCUUUCUUUCUUUCUUUCUUUUUGUCUUCCAUUGGGUUAGGUUAAAAAGGCCGUGAAGUAAUCAGUUACUGCAUACGGCCUAACAUUGUUUUGAAACCCCUGAUGGAAGUUCUUACUUGAAUGUAAAAUAAUAAAGUUGGUAUUUUGAAUUUCUCUUUUCAUGGGGGGAGAUACAGGUACAUUAAAAAAAAAGUCAGAAUAAUUGUAUCUUAUUUCCAGUUACUUUUUUUUUCUCCUUUAGUCUACCUUCGUGUGCCUUUUCCCUUCCUUUCUGAGAAAAUCCCAGGACUAAGGGUUUUUAGCAUUUUCUGAGGUCCAGAACACACACAUACUCAUCUGGGAGCAGUGGCCCUCAGUAGAAUAAGACUGACUUCUUUCAACUACUAAAAGCUGUUUCUCUUCUGUGGGUCAGGGGAAUGUACACUCCCUGGAUAAGCACUUAAAGCCAUUGAGACUCCAACAUUUGGCUUCACAUCCAGUGGGCAGUUGGGAGAAAUCCUACCUUGAACCUAGGACUUCCUUUUGCAUUAGCCUUUUGAUGCAGGCACUCAGGUAUUCUUGACUCUGUGAAUGUGUGUGGACAAAAUCUUCUAACCUCCUGUUUUCUCUUGUAGUUUCAGACACUGAAAAACUUAUCAAGUGUAUCUGUGACAUUUUUCUGUCCUCCAACCCACCAUUUAACUCUUGACAUCCGUAUAUAGUACUAGGACUCAGAUCCUCUAUCCAGUCCAGUUGCUGAAAUUUGACCCUUCCUCAGACAUCAAGAUUCCCCUCUGGAGCCUUCUUCAGCCUCACUCAGUCUGCUGAAUAUGCAAGGCUGUGUGACUUUGUUGUCUGAAAUAAUGUAUCCAGGUCAGAUUACCACCAAAAGAAAAUGCAAGCCUGUUUCCUCUUGCCUCACCCUUCCAGGGGCUGCCAGAACUCUCCGUGGGAAGACACCGUGGCUUCACAGCUUCCUUUCUGAGCCAGUCUUUACAAAGGAAUAGGAAGCACGUGUGUGUGUGUGUGUGUGUGUGUGUGUGUGUGUUCUCAUUCUAGAAAAGCCUGGCCUGAAUGUUGGCCUUGACUCCCUGGCACCUUAACGUCAUUCAUGCAUAUGACUGAGGCACUAACCUGGCUGUUCCUGAUACUGUCACUUCUUGGGAAGGAUAUAGGUGACACUGGGUGGUAUUCAUCUCAGGAUCCUGCUCACAGUGCCUCCAAGAACACUCCUUGGUCUGGGGACUGGGGUGCCAUGUCAGGUAGCUUCCAUUUGUGUCUGUAAAUUGGGCUUAGCUCCUGGGCUGGGGCAUCUCAGGGCCUGCAGAGUCCCAUUUGGCCUACCUAAUCUGGUGGAAACCAGUUGCAUCCAGUUUAUGCCCUCCCCACCCCACCCCCAGAAGUGUUUAUAUCUGUUGUCCAAACAUGUCGUGCCUUCCUUUCAAAUCCUGUGAAUGGAGGAAAAGAAGCAUCUGACUUGACCCCCAAAAUGAGUCAACUAUACCCCCUUUCAUCCAUUUGGGAGAUGCCCCACUGCUGCAAUCUGUUCUUUAUUUCUUGGAGAGUUUUGUUUUCAAUGUAUUCAAGAAAGAAACUGGUCACCUCUCUGGAAAAACACCUUUGGUGGGGAAGGGGGAGAGUGGGAAGCAAAUUCUAAGGCUCUGUGGCCCCACAGUGGAAAGAUUUAUGACUGGGUAGGAAAGGGCACACCACUUGCUCUGCCUCACUGGGUUGUGGAGUGUUUCAGUGAGUCAUGUGUUCCAUGGAUGCUUUGGAGGUUGGGAAGCAAUAAAUGACUAUCAAAGGUUAUUCAUUUUGUGGAAGUGAGAAGCUUCCCUUCUGUAUGAUGUCUCUCUUUCUCUCUCUCUCUCUCUCUCUCUUUCUCUGCUGAAGCCUUUACAAGUGCUGCCCUCCAGUGGUCCUCUUGGGCUGUCUCUCCUGUAUGUUAUGCCAAUAGAUUUAUUUAUUUGAGGAGUGAUUGUGCCUGUUAACUGCCCACCUGCCAGAUGCACAGUGUAUGAGACAAGCAAGCCGGUGUGGCUUCAAGGCCUGGAGUCAAUAUCCUUGUUUUUGCCUCUCAGUUGUUCGCCGGCUCUUUGGGGGAAGGGGUUACGUGUGUUUCUGUGUGUGGCUCUGUCUUCUAUGCUGCUACAGUUGUGGCACUGGAGCUGGAGAAAUAAAGCUUUGCUCUGA